GUACGAUGACCCUGUGGUCACCUCGGUCAAUGGCGGCACCGGAGUGCUGGACGCAAGCGUCUGUCAAGAGAAGUGCGCGCAGCACUUGAACUGCUCUGUCUUCACCUUCUACUUGCAGGGCGGAGGCUGUUGGCUCCAGGGCUCCGGCCUGCAGCCGAAGGCGAUCCCCAACGCCGUGGCUGGGCCGAGGUCCUGUGAUGCCAUCACUGAUGCGAGCAUCCCGAGACCGAGCCCGGCUCACCCGAAGCGCACGGCGGCUCCGGCAUCGCCUUCGGCCGACGUAGCACAGGCAGAGCAGGUCCGGACGACGACGCCUUUGCCGGCCCGGUUCAUCAAGGCUGGGAACGACCUCUACUUCGUUGAGGGCUCGAAUCCACGCAGGAAGCACUUGGUGCGCUUCGCCUGCUUCGGCUGCGAAGAUGCCUGCAGCGACUUCGUCUCUGUGUCGCCGGCCUACGCC